AAGGGAACAAUUGCAGCCACCAAAAACUGUUUUAAUGCAAGUAUGAACAAGUUAGCAUUGUUUUAAGACAGGCUUGAAAAAAAUGUGAAGGUAUCCUUUAAUCUUUGAACACCAUCCAGGAUGGCAACAGUGUCUCAGCCUAUCAUACAUAUAUUUUUGUCAUGGGUGCCUUUCCGUGAUGUGCAAAAAGCCUGUAACCCAAUUCUAGAUAAUAAUCCGAUAAUAAUCAAGUUGAUUUCUCUCCCACUUUGUGCAUUGGUAAGUUCUGACCUCUGCCAUCCCUGAUUUAUCACUGACAUGUUUGUGCACUGGUGUCAAUUUGAGUUAUUAUUAGGACGCAUCUGGGUGACAUUCCACCCUGUGUAGAAGGAGAAAUAGAUUUUAAGGGUGAAUAUUAGCUGUGGAAGUGGACAUGAUGAUAUAACGUCUCCAGUUUCUGUCUUUUGAGCUGAGAAAAAAGUCGCUUGGCUAAAUGUGUGGUUGUCUAGUGGAGAGAAGGCGCUCCCACUGUCGGCUGGUAGUGGCGUCAAGUUGAGCAGUUGAGAGUCCCGCAGCCGAACCAUUGGUGCGUAAUGGUGCACGACUGGCCGGCAGAUGUUUCACCACCGGGACACUCUGUCUCCGCACACUUUAUCUGAACUCUUCCGACUUUUUUUCUCAGCGUAGGCGUGCGUUAACUCGCUCCUGCCUUUUGCAAAAAAAAAAAAAAAAAAAAAAAAAAAGUUAUCAGAGGAAGGAGAGGGACGAAGAAGGAGGAAAAAAAAACUGGGCUACCUCUUCAAACCGUCCCGGUUUCUACCGGGGAGUUGUCGUCAUCAGCACCCCAGAUAUCCCCCCCUUAGCUCCCUAAAUGGAUGGGGCAGUCUUGGUCUAUGCAGUUGAGCAGCACAGGCCGAAAGAUUGGAAACAACUUGUGAGUAUCCGUCAGUUCGGCGUCUAGAGGGGGAACGCUGAGAAAUGCCCGGCUGCUUCGCUGGAGCUCAGCUCUGAGGACUUUUCUCCUGCAGUCGUGCAUUUUUUCAGGAGGAAAGAACUCUGCUCAAAGUUUACAACAGAAAGGAAAAGUCAGCGCUGAAGUGGCAGCUCUCACACUAAAGCCCUCGCUAUGGAUUGUAUGUAUUUAUUCAUAUGCUUUUCACUCAGUCAAGUCUUUUUGGAUCAUAUUGUCGCUGCAGAAACGCAUGAAAAACUCUCUGGAAAGUUAAGUGAAUAUGGUCUUAUCGUGCCAUUCAGCACAGACUCCCGUGGCCGGUACAUUUCUCACGUGGUCUCUGCUGGAAGUGGAGGUAAAGGUGGUGCUGCUGCUGAUGCUGAUGCCGCCUCAGCGUUUGGCAGCAGAAGAAGGGUGGCCCGCGGUGCCCCCGAGAUGCCCCCGCUCACCCCUGCCUCGGCGCAGCACUUGUUUUUCAACGUCACUGUGUUUGGGAAGGAACUGCACCUCCGCCUGAGGGCCAACAGGCGGCUGGUGGCCCCGGGGGCUUUCGUGGAAUGGCAGGAGGACUUUGUGGAAAAGGCCAAGGAGCGUAUCCACGGGGACUGUGUUUUCACCGGAGAUGUGAGCGACAUGCCGGAGGCCUCUGUGGCUAUCAGCAACUGUGACGGACUGGCAGGUCUGAUCCGGACUGAUAAUGGGGAGUUUUUCAUCGAGCCCCUCGAGAAGGGCCAACAGGACGUGGAAGUGAAGGGGCGGGUCCACGUGGUCUACCGCAGGUCGGCCAUCAAGAGGGAGACGGGCCAGCGGAGGGAGGACCUCCACAAUGAAGUGGCAGACUUCGGGAUCGCAGACCUCCCUGCGGCUCUGGAUCUCGUGGAACAUAAACUGUCAGAGUCUGAGCGCAAGAGGAGGCACGCGAAGAAGGAUGACUACAACAUUGAGGUGUUGCUGGCUGUGGACGACUCAGUGGUGCGCUUCCAUGGCAAGGAGCAUGUGCAGAAUUAUGUUCUCACACUCAUGAACAUAGUUGAUGAGAUCUACCACGACGAAUCUUUGGGGACCAACAUCAACGUUGUCCUUGUCCGCAUGAUAAUGGUCGGGUACCGACAGUCUAUAAGCCUGAUCGAGCGUGGCAACCCAUCCCGCAGCCUGGAGCAGGUGUGUCGAUGGGCCAACACGCAGCAGCGGCGCGACCCCGACCACGCCGAGUACCACGAUCACGCCAUCUUCCUCACAAGGCAAGAUUUUGGUCCCGCAGGUAUGCAAGGUUACGCUCCAGUUACAGGGAUGUGCCACCCACUGAGGAGCUGCACUCUGAACCAUGAGGACGGCUUCUCCUCGGCCUUCGUGGUUGCUCAUGAAACCGGCCAUGUGCUCGGCAUGGAGCACGACGGCCAGGGGAAUCGUUGUGCUGAUGAGACCAGUAUGGGCAGCAUCAUGGCUCCGCUCGUCCAAGCAGCUUUCCACCGCUAUCACUGGUCACGUUGCAGCAAGCAGGAGCUCAAUCGAUACAUCCACUCUUAUGACUGCCUGCUGGAUGAUCCCUUUGAGCACAAGUGGCCCAAGCUUCCUGAGCUCCCCGGGAUAAAUUACUCAAUGGAUGAGCAGUGCCGCUUUGAUUUUGGUGUUGGUUAUAAAAUGUGCACCGCUUUUCGAACUUACGACCCUUGCAAGCAACUGUGGUGCAGUCAUCCUGACAACCAGUACUUUUGUAAAACGAAAAAAGGGCCUCCGGUGGAUGGAACAGAGUGUGCACCAGGGAAGUGGUGCUUUAAGGGCCAUUGCAUCUGGAGAUCCAGCCAGGAGCCUCAGGGCCAUGAUGGGAAUUGGGGGUCCUGGUCAAAGUUGAGCUCUUGCUCCAGAACGUGUGGAGGUGGAAUUCGCUCCCGCAGCAGACAGUGCAACAACCCUCCGCCUGCCUACGGUGGGCGAGAUUGCCCCGGCUCUGCCUUUGACUACCAGAUGUGCAACACAGAGGAGUGCGCUGGCCCUUACGAGGACUUCCGUGCUCAGCAGUGCGUCCAGAGGAGCAACAAAUACCACAAAAACAUCAAGCACACCUGGCUACCGUACGAGCACCCAGAUGAGGCCCGUAAGUGUGAGCUGAGCUGUAAGUCAAAGGAAACAGGAGAGGUGGUGUUCAUGAACCAGGUGAUGCACGAUGGGACCCGCUGCAGUUACUCAGAGCCCUUCAGCGUGUGCGCCAGAGGAGAGUGUCUGCAUGUAGGCUGCGACAAGGAGGUCGGCUCUUACAAACAAGAGGACAAAUGCGGAGUGUGUGAGGGGGACAACUCCCACUGUCGCACCGUGAAGCUGACGCUCACCAAGACACCCAAAAAGAAUGGAAUGCUGAAGAUGUUCGACAUUCCAAUAGGAGCCCGCCACAUUGUGAUCGAAGAGAACGACACUUCCCCUCAUAUAAUUGCUGUGAAGAAUCAAGUUACUGGAAACUUCAUACUGAAUGCAAAAAGUGAAGAAGCUGAAACAAAGACCUUCAUCGAAAACGGUUUACAGUGGGAGUAUUCCAACGAUGGUGGGAAGGAGAUGCUGAAGACAACUGGUCCUCUGCAUGAAGGCAUUGUAGUGCUGGUCAUACCCCAGGAAGAGGACACAAAGAUCAGCCUGACGUAUAAGUACAUCAUACAUGAGGACCUUCUACCGCUUAUAAUGAACAACAAUGUCCUUCUGGCUGAACUGGAUACCUAUGAAUGGGCACUGAAGAGCUGGUCUCAGUGCUCCAAACCCUGUGGGGGAGGCAUCCAGUACACAAAAUAUGGAUGCAGGAGGAAGAGUGACAGCCGUUUGGUGCAUCGAAACUUUUGUGAAACCAGCAAAAAGCCCAAACCCAUCCGCAAACGCUGCAAUGUUCAAGAAUGCAGCCAGCCCACGUGGGUGGUGGAGGAGUGGAGUCCCUGCAGUAAGACCUGCGGGAAACUUGGUUACCAAACCAGAGUGGUGCAGUGCAUGCAGGCGCUCCACAACGGCACCAACAGGCCCGUCCACAGCAAACACUGCCUCGAGGACCGGCCGGAGAUAAGGAGGGCCUGUAACCACACCAUAUGCCCCGCCCAGUGGAGGACAGGGGCAUGGUCUCAGUGUUCAGUGACCUGUGGCGAAGGGAUUCAGCAAAGGCAGGUGGUUUGCAAGGCCAGCGACAACACCCUCGGAGAAUGUGAGGGCGAGAAGCCGGAGACAGUUCUUAUCUGCAAACUAAGUUCUUGUCCAGGGCAGCCAGUGUCUCCUCUCACUGUCGAAACAAUGGAAAACUCCACAAUAAAAGACGAAGCCGUACACCAAAGGGCUCCUGAAAACCCUGUUCACAAAAUCUCUUCAAAUGAGCCAUGUCUGGGGGAUAAAUCAAUUUUCUGUCAGAUGGAGGUUCUUGCCCGAUAUUGCUCCAUCCCUGGAUAUAAUAAGCUUUGCUGUGAGUCUUGCAACAAGAAAGAAAACCUCGCCACACAUGCUCCUGACCUCCAUAGCACCCCAUUGGCCUCAGUUGAACACGAGACCUCCACUCCUUCUCACCCUGCAUCACCCAAGGCUCCUCCACCUGCUACGACCAAGAGCCCGCCGCAAACCACUAAAGCCAUUGGCAGAUGGCUGCGCUCCACUGCCCCGGUGCCAACCACAGCUGCUGCUGCUGCUGAAGCUGAAGCUGAAGCUGAAGCCUCGCCAUCCACAGGUGCUGCUCCGCCCCAGGGUCCCACCAGCGACUCCCUCCUCACAGCUGGGAAAGGAGACUCAGACCCGGGGCCUCUUCUACCUCCAGGGCCUCCACGGCCCACAGCAGACUCCAGUGGAGGUGCCUCUAAAGAGCACAGUCCAAACAGCACUUUAGGCCCAGUCGCUGCCAGGUCAAGAAGGGACGAUUUAGGAUCUGAGAGGGACUCGAGUCACAGAACCCUGUCAGCUCAGAAAUGAACAGUGAGCGAUGUUGUGAACGUGCUGCUCAGUGAGACGGUCUCGUACAUCAGCUCACCCUUUGCAGCAUCUCAUAGACUCGCAGUCAGGCUGCGGAUAUUUUCUUUCUCUCUCUUUUUUUUUUACAAAGAUUUUUUUUUUUUCCAUGCCAGUGAACUUAGACCAGACCAGCGAUGGUUACCUCAUCAAAACUCCAGAGUGAUCUGUGCACAGUGUCGCUCUGCCCUCUGUGCUUCAAAUAUGAAAUGGAAGAAAAAAAAAAAGUUGUCAGGUGCUGUAAACUAAAAUGACUACAAGACGUGUUCAAAAUGUGAUGACUGCAUUGCUACAUUCAUGUUUUUAUCUGUGUACAGUUGUGUAAUCCUGUUUUUUUUUCAAGUGCAUUAGAACUACUAUUGAACUUGUAUUGUGAACAUGUGAGGAGAGGUCAAAGGCCAUGGUUUUGGAGGUGCACGUGUCAGCUGUGGAGGCUAGAGUGUGCCACCUGAAUAAUUAUAGACCCUGCCGUUUGUUAAAUAAUAAUUCAGUGUUACAGUGCUAAGUUAUUUAAGAUAUAGUUAGUAACGUUUAUAAAAUAACCAUUCCUCAUAUUUAAUGAAAGUGUCCCUAUAUCCCGACUAGGGACUUCAUUUUCAGUAUAUUUUGCUUUUGAUAGCCCAACACCCAUCAGCUGGUAAUUAAUCUGGUAAUUUCUGAGAAGAAAAUGCAGAAUGACGUGAAAUACAAGGAGACCUUCCUUUUAGUUUGGAGCUAGUUUUAGCUAGCUUUAGCACUGCAUUUCAAAGCGCCAUCCAUUUAGAGGUGGUAAAAUUAAAAAAAAAAAAUGAUGUAAAUGUCUUACCUUUUAUUUUAUUUUGUGUUGGCUGUGUUAACAGACA